CGCCGCGCCGCCACGCUGCUGUGCUGCUGCUUUUUCGUAGGAGGACCUCGGACGUUGUUGGCACCUACCACACUGCCCACGGUAGAAGCCAGCGAGCAGCCCGGUCGAUAACGCCUCAUCGGACAUAGAAGAGUUCAGUCGUGUUCUAACCGUUUGCGGGCGUGGAAGCGAAUCCAAAUUUUGCGCACCUCGAAUCAAUCAAUCGAUCGUGCUUUUGUUCUCCGUCGUGUCGUGCCUCAUGUCCUCUGCAAACACGCCUCCGUGCUGUCGUUGUUGUCGUCGAUAAACAAAUCCGAGUGCGCCGGCUAUUGUACCGCGAAGUGGUGGUCACGACCUGUGCGGUCCCCGGAGAUAGUGUUUACGGUUUACGACCUCCUGGCAAAUAGUGCAACCGGCCAGUCACAGUCCCGGUCAGGCGUGUGCGCGUUCGUUCGGUUUUGAAAUUUGCAGUGCGGUGCCGUCGUGGUCAUUGCCGUUGUUUAGCGUGCGAACGGUCGUGGAUUUUAAAUCACCCUCAUUUCGGACCAGGGAGUGUGUGUGUCACACCAAUCGGACGUGAUUUGGAAAAGAGGGCAUCCGUAGAGACCAGUUGACGAAACACGACGAGAUAGAAAAGUCAGUUGACCCUGAAGAGAGAUUGUGUUGAAACAGCGAGUAAAUAAGAAACAACAACCUGAGCCGAAAUGAAUUGUCUACAGGAUUCCAAUAUCGACAACGCAAUUUCAGUGUUUGGAAGCGAGAGGCAAUUCCUCGAUGAGGCGCAAAUUCGGAUACCCCCGCGACCAUCAAAGCUAAACAAUGACGCUGCACCCGCCCCCGCCAAGAGCCAACCUCCAGAAGCUCCCCCUAAGCCACCAAAUGCCGGAGUCAAAAUCUACAACCUGAUCAUCCUGAUCGUGGACAUCGUGGUGAUGUUGGUCCGAUGGAUCUACUUCACCCUGGAGGCCCUGUACAUGGUGGCGGUGCCCCCGAAGCCGGAAAGUGUCGCCAAGGACAUCGUACUGGUGACCGGUGCCGGUCACGGCAUUGGACGCUCUCUGGCCCAGCAGUACUCCCAGCUGGGGGCGACGGUCGUCUGUUUGGACAUCAACGACAAGAUGAACCAGGAAACGAUCAGCAGCAUCAAGAAGGAACGCGGCAAUGCGUUUGGAUUUGUGUGUGACGUAACAAAGCGGGAAGAGAUCAUCGAAACGGCUAAGAAGGUCAAAGAGCAGGUCGGCGUCGUUACCAUCCUGGUCAACAACGCCGGUAUCAUGCCGACCCAUACCCUGCUGAAACAGACCGAGGGUGAGAUCCGCAAGACGUUCGAAAUCAACGUACUGGCUCACUUCUGGAUGCUUCAAACAUAUCUCCCGGAUAUGAUUGAGAAGAACCGCGGUUUCAUCGUGGCCCUCUCGUCGAUCGCCGGUCUGGUUGGCCUGAACAAUCUGGUCCCGUACUGCGGCAGCAAGCAUGCCGUCCGGGGUAUCAUGGAGGCCUGCCACGAGGAAAUCCGCCAGGAUCCCCGCAAACCGAACAUCAAGUUCACCAGCGUCUACCCGUACAUGGUCGAUACGGGACUGUGCAAGCGGCCGCACAUGCGUUUCCCCAAUCUGAUGCGACUGGUCAAGCCGGAUGAGGCCGCCGCCUCCAUCAUUGACGCCCAGCGGCGAGGACUGAUCGACGUUUCCAUUCCCAAGUACCUGCUCUAUCUGAACACGUUCGUGCGGCUGUUCCCGCUGAAGGCGGCCAAUCUGCUGCGUGACUUCCUGGACAGUGGAGUCGAGUCCGAUCUGUGAGCGCUUGGAGGAGAAACUUGAUGGAGAGUACCAGCACUGCACGCAGCUUUCGUUCCGUGUUAAAUUGAAUUCCCCCUUUUAACAAUGAUUGCAAUAGUUGACCUUUUUUACAAAAGUUAAUUCCAAGAUUUUUUUUUCUAUUGGUGGACAAACUUAAAUUUUACCUUUAAGUCUUCAGGUAUAGAGCACUCAGCACAAAGAUAUUAUUGUAAGUGAUUACCUAUAUAGUGAGAGGAAGUGUAAAUGAGGAUGUAUGAUGAAAUACAGAUCUGUUUUAAUUAA